CCUUUUCAUUCAGAAUAAGUAUAAAUAACCCAAGUCUGGUCGGAAAUUUCGGAUGAUUUACCAUGCAGAAAGUCACGAAGUCUUAAUUAAAGCAAAACCAUGCGAGGCACAUAGAAACUCCACAGUAUUCAUCAGCAUAGUGAAACGGUAAAGACACAGGACCACUUUUUUAUGCAUAAUCAUUAAUUAUAAGGACUUUGACUAUGAUGAAUAGUGACAACCUAUCACUUUGAACUCUGGUAGUAGUUAACAAGUGGCUGCCUUUCCCAGGCAGUGUGGAUUCGUAUGUAGAAGAGCACACACAUGUUGGUAAUGGGUCAAGUAGUGAUAGGAGGGAAAUGUUCGAGGGGUUCGAGUAAGUUUUGUACCAAAGCCGAGUAUGGAAAAGGGACAAAGGUGGACUCUCAGGAGGUGGAAGCCAAUAGGAACAAAAUUCUCUUCCUGGAGAAGGUACGCCAGAGCAACGAGGCCAUCACAAAUGGCGAUUUCCAGGGCGCGAUUCGCCUUUACACUGAGGCCAUCAAUCUGGACCCUAUCAACCACAUACUGUACAGUAAUCGUUCAGCCGCUUUCGUCAAAAUGGGGCAUUUCCAGAAAGGUCUAGAAGAUGCUGUCAAGGCCAGGGAUUUGAACCCAAAAUGGGCCAAGGGUUACUACAGAGAAGGGGUGGCACUGCAGUGUAUGGAGCGGCCUGCAGAUGCCCUGGCCGCCUUUGCCUCUGGACUGGCUCAGGACCCCAAGAACUCCCAACUGCUGCUAGGACUUAUUGAAGCCGCCCUCAAGUCCCCGAUCAAAGAAAAGUUUGAGCCAACUUUCUGCCAACUACAGAAGAUGAAACUGGACAAGAGUCCUUUUGUUAUAAUUUCACUCAUUGGUCAAGAGCUGCUUGCCGCCAACUUCCCAGGAGCUUCAAUGGUUGUGUUAGAAUCCGCCCUGAAGAUCGGCACCUGUAGUCUGAAACUGCGGGGAUCUGUAUUCUCUGCACUCAGCAGUUCUCACUGGGCUCUGGGAAAUAUUGACAAGGCAAUCUCUUACAUGCAACAAGAUCUUAACAUUGCCAAGUCCUUAGGUGAUCAAGAGGGCGAAUGCAGAGCACAUGGAAACUUAGGCUCGUCUUAUUUCUCAAAAGGCAACUACAGGGAAGCCUUAACCAAUCACCGGUUUCAGUUGGUCCUAGCAAUGCGACUCAAAGAUCGCAGAACAGCGGCGUCAGCUCUCAGUAACCUAGGACACGUAUAUACUGCCAUUGGAGAUUACCCAAAUGCCUUGGCUAGUCAUAAACAAUGCGUGCUGCUGGUGAAACAGAUGAAUGACAGACUCAUGGAGGCAAGAGAGAUUGGAAAUGUGGGUGCAGUCUAUCUGGCUCUUGGGGAAUUUGAGAAUGCUGUAGAGUGUCACAAUGAACACUUGCGCAUUGCCAAGCAGCUAGACAAUAAGUACGAAGAGGCUAGGAGUUAUAGCAACUUGGGCAGUGCAUACCACUACAAAAGGGAAUAUGACAAAGGCAUAGCCUUUCACAAUCAGGUAUUGACAAUAGCCACGGAGCUGACAGAUAAGACUUUAGAGGCACGUGCGUAUGCAGGUCUUGGGCAUGCUGCACGUGCGAAAGGAGAUCUGGGCCAGUCCAAGGAAUACCAUGAAAAACAAUUGGAUAAUGCUCUCCAUACUAAAGACAAAGUUGCUGAAGGCAGAGCAUGUUCGAACUUGGGUAUCAUAUUCCAAAGUGUAGGAGAGUAUGAUGCUGCGCUGAAACUUCACAAGGCACAUCUCAAUAAUGCCAAAGAAUUAGGAGACCGUGCCAGUCAAGGCCGGGCCUAUGGGAACAUAGGAAAUGCAUACUAUGCGCUGGGAAAAUAUGACUUGUCAGUAAAAUAUCACAAGCAGGAGCUUUCAAUAUCACGUGAGGUGAAUGACAGGCAUUCUGAGGCAGCAACACACGGAAAUUUAGCGGUGGCAUAUCAGGCAUUGAAAAUGUACGAACAAGCAUUGCAGCACUACCAUGCUCAUCUUGCAAUCUCCCAAGAGCUGAAAGACACAGUUUCCGAGGCAAGAGCCCUCAGUAAUCUUGGAAAUUACCACAGCUCGCGUGGAGAAUACUCUCAGUCCAUUCCAUUUUACCAGCAUUUCCUGACGCUGUCUCAAGAACUCCAGGACACUGACGGUGAGGGCAAAGCUUGCCAUAAUCUCGGAUAUGCACAUUUUAACCUAGGAAAUUUCCGAGAGGCUGUGCGGUAUUAUGAACAAGACUUGGCUAUUGCUAAGGAUUCCCAGGACAAAAAUGCCAUGGGCAGGGCAUACUGUAAUCUAGGUCUGGCACACAAAGCCCUAGGAGACUUCUCCCAGGCUCUAGAAUGUCAAAAUAAUUUCCUUGUGAUAACCCACCAAGGUAAGAACCUGACUGGGAAAUUUCGUGCCUUGGGAAACAUUGGCGAUGUGCUAAUCAAAAUGGGCAAUGCUGCUGAAGCAAUCAAAAUGUACAACCAGCAACUUAAACUAGCCAAGCAGGCAGGGGAUAAGAAUCUGGAAGCCAGUGCUUUUUGUGCAUUGGGGUCUGCUCACAGAAUCCUUGGGGAGUGUGAUAAGGCCCUGGGGUAUCACACACAGGAGUUGACAAUUCGACAGGAGAUGAAUGAUGUCAAAGGUGAAUGUCGUGCCCAUGGUCACUUAGGCAAUGUUCACAUGUCAUUAGGGAGUUACACAAAUGCCUACAAAUGUUACGAGGAACAAUUGGACCGUGCAAGAGAUUUUCAGGACAGUGCCAUUGAAGCCCAAGCCUACGGAAAUCUAGGAAUUACAAAAAUGAACAUGGGUCACUUUGACGAUGCAAUAGGACUAUUUGAACAACAACUAGCCAUGCUGGAACAAGUCUCAGGUGUCAGUGCCACUUCUGAUCGUGGCCGCGCCUAUGGCAACCUAGGGGACUGCUACGAAGCCCUGGGCGACUUUGAGGAAGCGGUCAAAUGUCAUGAACAAUUUCUCUCCAUUGGACAAAGCUUAAAUAAUGCCGCUGACCAGGAGAAGGCCUACCGGGGACUGGGCAAUGCACACAGGGCAAUGGGAAAUCUCCAACAGUCCCUGGUUUGCUUCGAGAAGAGACUGGUGGUUGCUCAUGAGUUGGACAACCCCACAGCCAGGGGUUCAGCCUACGGGGAGCUAGGUUGCCUGCACAGCCUUCUGGGUAAUUUUGAGCAGGCCAUCUCCUGCCUGGAGCAUCAGCUGAAGAUCGCACAGGAAAUGAAAGACAAAGUGGGAGAGGGUGACGCAGCAUGUGGACUGGGAGGGGUCUACCAGCAGAUGGGAGAGUACGACAGUGCGCUGACCUAUCACAAGAUGGACUUGGAUAUAGCAGAGGAGUCCAACAACACUGCAUGUCAAUGCCGUGCCUUUGGCAACCUUGGACUUUCCCACGAAUCUCUGGGUAACUUUGAGCAAGCCAUCGCUUACCAGGAGCAACACCUCAGCCUCGCAGCACAGAUGAAUGAUAAGGUGGCAAAGACACUGGCCUUCAGCAGUUUAGGUCGUGUGCACCAUGCUUUGGGCCACUACCCUCAAGCCGUGCAAUAUCUCCAGCAAGGGCUACAAAUUGCCGAACAGCUCGGCCGGAAAGAAGACGAGGCAAAGAUCCGCCAUCGCCUUGGUCUGGCUUUGUGGGGCCACGAAGACAUGGAAGAAGCACAACAGCAGCUGUACAGGGCCGCGGAACUGUUUGAGAACAUCAGGAGGGAGGCGCAGAUGAGCAGUGACUAUAAACUGUCCCUGUUUGACCUACAGACCGCCUCCUAUCAAGCCCUGCAGCGUGUUCUCGUGGCACUUGGAAGACACGAAGAGGCUUUGGUAGUGGCUGAACGAGGUAGAACGCGUGCCUUUGUUGACCUGCUCCUAGAGAGACAGACGGGAGGGGAGGGCAUGUAUGUGGACAAUACUCCUAUGACAGUGGAGCAGAUCCUCCAUAUUGUCAGCAGGCAAAAAGCCACUGUGGUCUACUAUUCCAUUGCUGCUGGCUACUUGUAUUGUUGGGUGCUCAGCCCAGAAAAGGGAAUAGUCAAGUUCUAUGAAAAGAACAUCAACGAGGCAGACACUGGGUCAGUAGAUGAAGUGGAUGCAGACACACAGUCACUGAAUAUGUCCAGUACUUCACUGCUAGAUCAGUAUGUAGGAGGGGUAAGAGAGUCCCUGGGAAUAGAGAGCCACCUAUCCAAUAGCAGCUUAAGAUUGUCUACCAGCCGGUCAUCAAGCAUGAUGAGUGAGAACGAGAGCGAUGCUGAUGAAAUGUGGCAGCAGCAACUAGAGGAAAUUGGUGGCAAAUUAAACGCUGAAAAUGACCGCACGGGAUUCCUGCGCAUGGUCAACAGGAACCACGUCUUCAAUGCCAGUAAUUAUAGCCUCAGUAGUCUGUUCAGCUUCAGUGGCUCAAUCAAUGGACUGAACAUGAAUCGAGGAAACAGCCUACGGAAAAGCAGUCGUGGCUGGUCUGGAAAGCCACCAUUAAGUGCCUUGUACGAUCUCCUCAUUGCUCCCAUUGAAGACUCCCUGCCGCCCUCAGCUGACGAUUUGGACAGCCAGUUAUCCCAAUCGUCCCACUCAUCUCACUCGAGUCACACCCACAAGAAGGAAAUUGUGCUAGUCCUUCAGGGAGACUUAUACCUCGUACCAUUUGCAGUAUUGAAAAACAGUCAGGCUAACAGCUACUUAUAUGAGAAAUUCAACCUGGUGGCUGUUCCCUCACUCACAGCCUUGCAGGGAAAUCAGGGCAGUGUCAGGCUCACCAGACUGGGGCUUGAAGCCACCGGGUCUCUCAUAGUCGGCAACCCUGCCUUACCCAUCAGCAUCAAGGAGCAAUGGCAAUGGUCAGAGCUCCCUUCAGCAGAACAAGAAGCCAAGAUCAUCGCAGAAAUGAUGGGAGCCAAGCCCCUUACAAGCCACGCAGCUACGAAAGAGGCAGUCCUCCAUCACAUGCCCAAGUCGGAGGUCAUGCAUUUUGCAACCCAUGUGUCCUGGAAAUUGUCCUCAGUUGUUUUGUCUCCUGGGGAGUUCACUCCAGAGCACAGGACUGACCGUUUCCAUGAUGACAGCGGUAGCGAUAUCAGCAGUACCAUGGACGGACCAUCCUUGCCAGAAUUCCUCCUGACUGCAGCGGAUGUCCUGAACAUCAAACUCAAUGCCAAACUUGUCGUGCUAAACUCGGGCCACACAGAUGACAGAGCAGGUCGGAUCAACUCAGAUGGCGUAGUUGGCCUCACUCGUGCUUUUCUAGCUGCUGGAGCUCAGUGUGUUGUAUUCUCAUUAUGGCCAGUACCGGCUGAGGCCUCGAAGAUCUUCAUGAGAUCUUUUUACACAUCCAUGCUGCAGGGCUACCAGGCCAGUAAGGCAAUAUCAGAAGCCAUGAGGACUGUACAAACCACAAAGCAGUAUACACAUCCGUCUAGUUGGGGUGGCUGGGUGAUGGUUGGUAGUGAUGUCAAACUCAGCAGCAAGGUGGCGCUGAUGGGCCAUGCCUUCUACGAAAUUCUUCAGCAUCCUAAUAAGUGCAGAGAGGCCAUGAGGGUGUUGUUGCAUUUGGUUGAGAAAUCUCUACAGAGAAUCCAUCGUGGUCAGAAGAAUGCCAUGUAUACCACCCAGCAGAGCAUAGAGACCAAGGUUUGCAACAUCCACGGGUGGAAAGAUCUGCUGAUCUCUAUUGGAUUCCGCUUUGAACCAGCAGCCAAUGGACUUCCACCAGCGGUGUUCUUUCCUACCUCAGAUCCUGGAGAGCGCUUGACACAGUGCAGUGCCAGUUUGCAGGCUUUACUAGGUCUUCCUGUCAACAGUUUGAUUCCCUUAUCCAAGUUGUUGUCCCAGUAUGAAGCAGGAGAAGCAAUCAUUCAACUGUUAAGAGAUGUUAAUGGGAAACUCUCUCAGAAGGAUGGCAAUGCUCAGGUUACAAUGAGGGUGAAGUUAUGGAGGGUCCCUGGAUGCCAUGAGUUCCUUGCUGCUAUAGGUUUUGACCUGAUAGAUGUAGGCAAGGAUGAAGUGACCAUCAAGCCAGGCAAGCAGGCCACUAAGAGGACAGUCCAGUGUGCCCUGCAGGCUCUGCUUGCUGUACUCGACACUCAAGAAGCUCCAAGAAGCCUCUCACUGGACAGCUCUAGCAGCAUGGAGAGUUUGGCAUCAUCAGGGUCUGCCACCUCCACUUCAAACUUCUCCAAGGGCAGCACCCCUCCUGACUCUCCUCACGGCAGAGGAAGGUUUCCCACUGGGGCCUACACCAUGGAUCCCUCAACAAGGAUGCAACUUAUGCAGCAGGGAGGAUUAGUUGGCCGAAAUCUACCCGGAUUUCAGAGAUUCUCACCUGGGAUAGGCAACAAGCCAGGACUGGGCCAGUACAGGGGCGGCCCUGUGCAGAAAAAUGGUCUCACCUCCCCAAACAUGUCAGCAAAGGUGGAAGAUGCCUUCAGAUAUGGUGGCCCCAGUGCCACAUCCCUGCAACAGAAACCACAGGAAUACCAAGAAAACAUGCCAAAAGUUCUGGGCGUUGAGGUCCAGCACCAUAGAGAUGAAAACGGCUCCAUCUCGUCCAGUGCUUCUGAAAGUGGAGGGGUUCAUCCCAUGCUUAAUAACAGUAAUGCUGCUGCUCCUCUUCAUCACGAGGAAUAUGAAUCAUCAGAGGAGGAAUUGCCUUAUAAUCCUCCACCCAUGACAGAUUAUACAGGGUUGAAUAGACAGUCAAAUCUGAGAAGCUCAGCAGCCUCGGGUAGUAGUACUCUGACUGGCAAAAGUGGGUCAUCGGGUGGUAUCAAAAGGGCAUUUGACCUCAAGAGCCACAGGUCAUCCACCAAGAGCAGUGCCAGUGACCGGACGCUGACCAAUGAGCCCCAGACUCUCAGCACUCCCAAAAGGACCGACUCAUUGUCCUCUGACAAAAGCUCUGAGCUCAGUUAUCCUGAUACCAAACCACUAGGGAUAACGGACCCCACAAUGCUUGCCCACAAAGUUCUUGCCGAGACCCACCAGCAUUGGCAAGCAGUUGAGCACAUGCAAAGACUGAGUAUACAGGAACUAAAGAAGGAGCAAGCGGCCAACCCAAUGCCUGUCCCUCCUGUGCCAGAUGCUCCUCAAACUCAAGCUACUUCUACACCAAUACAACAGAACCCCCAGAUCUCACAGCAGCAUGAUGAUAUGGAGAUGGAAUUUCACGAAAUCAAUGUGGAUGAUUCCCCAUAUCACAGAGAACAGACCAAUAUCUCACAACAACACAGACCAAGUGCCAGACCUUUUGCCCCUAAAAGGACAUCUUCAGACUCCUCUGCUGCAUCCAGCAGGGGUAGUGGUCAUCCUGACGGGUCAUCAGACAAUGGCCGCAGUCAGGAAAGGAGACCCAAACCACUGGGGGUCAGUGCACCGGCCAAUGGGCAGGACUCGGUCAGAAACUUGAAUGGGCCCAGAAAAAUUACGGGAUACACCCCACCAGGUACACCACCUCCUAAAUAUGGAGAGUCAACACCCCUGAGUGAAGCCCACAGUUUGAAGCCCAGUAGGCCUCCCCCUCCACCAAAACCCAUUUUAAAGCAUGUGCAUUUCAAUGACCAGCAUCAUAAUAAUUCCGCAGACUUUGAGGCUGCUCCUCCUCCCCUCCCCCCUCCCAGGGGUGUCCCUUACGAUAAUGAUGCUGAUGAUGAGAUAGGGGAGGGAAGAGGCCAACAAGACAGGCAGGAUAGCCAGUAUGGCAUAAAAUAUGCAGAAAAGAAAACCGUGCACAUGACGGACAAUGAAAAACCCGCAGAGAAAUUUGACCUGAAUAACAUUCCCAAAAUAUUUCAGCAGAAUGGCCCUUUGUCUUCUGGGAUGCGUCCACCGUACCUUCCACCAUAUCCCAGACACAGGUUACCACCUCCUUACCCUCAUGGAGGAGUGUCACCUAGGGGGCAGUCACCAAGGUCACCACAACAUGGCUAUUUCCAGCAGAAACCAUUGCAAUCUCCACUGAACUUUGUCCAGCCUGAUAGCAGCGACUCUGACUGGGAGGGGCAAGACCAGAGGUCACCAGCUCUGAGGACGUUUGCCUCACCGCAAACAAAAGCUCCCAUCGCCCAGAGGUACACAGCAUCUCGAGGUUCUCCCAGCCGCACUUCACCCAUGGCGUCACCAUCAUCUCAGUUCUCAUCCCCACAGAACCGACCAGGUAGUGCCACCAGUACAAGUAGUCAGUAUUCAUCUGCUUCCGCUUCGUCAGCCCAGACUGUGAUACACAGACCUCCUAGUAUUCUAGAGGGGCAAGAGGAAAGUAACAAUAGUAGAGACUCCUUGCCUAGUACUGCUGGGACAUACACACAGAACAGCUCCUUUGAGCGCUAUCCAUCUCCCAGAGGGAGUACUUCAACUCCUCCUCAGUAUAACACAGGUAAAAUGGACUAUAAUUCGUGGAGACAGCAUGAACCACAGGGUAAUGAGAGGUUGUCCAAUGCAAACCACAUGGCAGUGAGUCCUAAAAAUGUCCAAUCAUGGCAAGGGUAUCGGCAGUCGCCAAAUCAAACGCCAAAUCACACCAGGUCAGAGUAUGCAGAGAAAUAUGAAUUGAGUUACAUACAGUCCACCACUCAAAGACCUGACUAUAGUGACACUGAUGAAAGUGUGUCCAGUCAGGGGUCAAGACCAACUAUGCCAGCUUUCUUGCAAGGAAAAUCUAACGGCAAUGUUCAGAUGUAUUACAUAGACAGUGAUCGACAGCCGGUAAAGAAGACUCGUGUACUGCAGUCGUCAAAAUGCUGAAGGGUGUAGUUCAGAAGUACACAUUGAAACACUAAUUUGAUUAUUAGAGUCAGUUAAAUAUUUUGGACAGACAUAUCUAGCUAACAAAAUAUAUAACCAAAAACUGCACUGAGCAAAGAAAGAAAGUUAUCAUGAACGUUAUAAACGGUCACCUUCACAUAUUAUGCAGGCACAUUUCUUGCAUUUUAUUCAUACAGGUUCACUUUAGAACUAUUUGUAUUUUUAAAACAAAGUCACAAAUCAAAGUGUACUCAAAUUUAAAAAAACUGUACAUAUCAAGGGAAAGAUGUAGGAACUGGAUCCAGUAAUGAACUUGAGUUUACACAAAAGUGGCACAUAUAUUACGAAAGUAUUUUUGUGUUUAAACUCUCCAUUUCCAGGAUGUAUUUGGGAGCAGAACUGAAAAUUGUUUAUUUGGAGAAAUUUGUCUUAAUCUGAGAACCAAGUACAUGCUUCCAAAGUCCGUCCAAAAAGAAAAGUGCUGUUAUAAACAGCGUGUCAAGCUUUGAGAGAUGUUAUUUAUUCUCUCA